CUAAGGCGAAGCGGGGCCGGGGCGCAGCGCGGGCGGUGGCGCCUCCUCGACCCCACGGUAGCAUGGAGGCGGUAGCGGGAGCGUCGGCAGAGCCGGCAGCAUGGGCGGCAGAGCCCUUCGCGGAGCCGGAGCCGGGCUCGGAGGAACUGGAGGCGGGCAGCGCGCUGGACCGCGUCCUGCGGGAGUCGGUCUGCCAGCAGCAGGGCUGGGUCCGCGUCUACGAUGUGAAAGGACCACCCACCCACAGAUUGUCCUGUGGCCAGUCCCCCUACACCGAGAUGACAACAUGGGAGAGGAAAUACUGCAUCCUGACAGACAGCCAGCUGGUGCUGCUCAACAGGGAGAAGGAGGUGCCUACAGAAGGGAUCCCGGAGCCGCAGGAUGCCUCCCGCGGGCGCUGCCUGCGCCGCACGGUCAGCGUCCCCUCCGAGGGCCAGUUCCCCGAGUACCCGGCAGAGGGGGCCGCCCAACUAGAGGUCCCAGCAGAGAGAUCUCCUCGCAGACGGAGCAUCUCGGGGACCAGCACCUCUGAGAAAACCACCUCCAUGGAUGUUCCGAACACUUCUCCUUUCAGAGUACCAGGCUUCUUCAGUAAGCGCCUGAAAGGAUCCAUCAAGAGGACAAAGAGUCAGUCCAAGCUGGACAGGAACAUAAGUUUCCGUCUGCCCUCUCCCAACAGUUCCGAGGACAGACCACGUGAGUUGCCCAAGCUGAAGGAGUCCCGUUCCCAUGAGUCUUUACUGAACCAAGCCAGCACCAUAGAGACUUUGGACUUUGCAGCAGAAGAAGCAGUCUUUGUCAAACCACUUCACAACAGUAUCCUUGGACGAGACUUCUGCUUUGAGGUAACCUACUCCAAGGGCAGUAAAUGCUUCAGUUGUUCCUCUGCAGCAGAGAGGGACUGGUGGAUGGAAAACAUACGCAGACUAUCGCAGCCAAUGAAGGACAAUUGCCAUCGAGCUGAAAACGUGCUUCGCCUCUGGAUCAUAGAGGCCAAGGACCUGACCCCUAAGAAGAAAUAUUUCUGUGAGCUGUGCCUUGAUGACACCCUCUUUGCCCGCACCACCAGCAAAGCAAAAGCAGAUAACAUUUUCUGGGGGGAGCACUUUGAGUUCUACAGCCUCCCACACAUUCAGAGCAUCACAGUUCACAUCUACAAGGACGUAGAGAAGAAGAAGAAAAAGGACAAGAACAAUUACGUAGGCCUGGUCAACAUUCCCACGGCCAGCGUGACCGGUCGCCAGUUUGUGGAGAAAUGGUACCCAGUCAGCACCCCUACAGCCAGCAAAGGCAAGUCAGGGGGGCCUUCCAUUCGGAUCAAAUCCCGCUACCAGACCAUCACCAUCUUGCCCAUGGAGCAAUACAAGGAAUUUGGGGAGUAUGUUACCAGCAAUUACGCCCUGCUGUGCUCCGUGCUGGAACCUGUGAUCAGUGUCAAGAACAAGGAAGAGAUGGCUUCUGCCUUGGUGCACAUUCUUCAGAGUACUGGGAGAGCCAAGGACUUCUUGACAGAUCUGGUGAUGGCUGAGGUAGAUCGCUGUGCAGAACAUGAUGUCUUGAUCUUCAGGGAGAACACACUUGCUACCAAAGCUAUUGAGGAAUACCUCAAGCUGGUGGGACAGAAAUACCUGCAGGAUGCACUGGGGGAAUUUAUAAAGGCUGUGUACGAGUCAGAUGAAAACUGUGAAGCAGAUCCCAGCAGGUGCUCACAGAGUGAAUUAGCAGAUCAUCAGUGCAACCUGAAAAUGUGUUGUGAGCUGGUCUUCUGCAAGAUUAUCAAUUCUUACUGUGUGUUCCCUCGUGAGCUGAAGGAAGUGUUUGCAUCUUGGAAGCAGCAGUGCCUGAACAGGGGCAAGCAGGAUAUCAGUGAGCGCCUGAUCAGUGCCUCUCUCUUCCUGCGCUUCCUGUGCCCUGCCAUCAUGUCCCCCAGCCUCUUCAACCUCAUGCAGGAGUAUCCUGAUGACCAGACCUCUCGCACGCUCACCCUCAUCGCUAAAGUCAUCCAGAACCUCGCCAACUUUGCCAAGUUUGGUAUUAAGGAAGAGUACAUGGCCUUCAUGAAUGAAUUUUUGGAACAUGAGUGGGGAGGAAUGCAGCGUUUUCUGAGGGAGCUCUCUAACCCAGAUACCAUCUCCAACAUGCCUGGAUACGACGGCUACAUCGACCUGGGCAAAGAGCUCUCGAUGCUGCAUUCCCUCCUGUGGGAGGUUGUGUCCCAGCUUGAUAAGGGUGAAAAUUCCUUCCUACAGGCAACCGUGACAAAAUUGGGACCUCUCCCUCGUAUUCUUGCGGAUAUCACAAAAUCCAUGACCAGCCCUACACCCACGCAGCAGCAGCUGAAGCGUUUCACGGAGCACAGCUCCAGCCCAAACGUUGCUGGAAGUCUCUCCUCGGGACUUCAGAAGAUAACUGAGGACCCCACCGAUGGUGACAUAAACAAGAUGAGGUCUCCAACACAGGAAAAUGUAGAUGGACAUUUUAGGGGCAAGACCUUACUGCUGGUUCAGCAGGCAUCCACCCAGAGCAUGACUUGCUCAGAUAAGGAUGAGAAGGUAAGUGUCUUGCCCAACGGACGUAGCAUCUCUCUCAUGGACCUGCAGGACCCUCACACAGCUCACAGUGACACCGCUUCCAUGAUCCACGACGUGCCUUUGCGCCUGGCGGGCAGCCAGCUCUCCGUCACCCAGGUGGCCAACAUCAAACAGCUGUGGGACACCCAGAGCACCCCCCAGAGCGCUCCCCAGGUCCGGAGGCCGCUGCACCCGGCGUGGAACCAACAGGGCAGCCUCCGGCCUCUCUCAUUCCAAAACCCGGUUUACCAGCUCAACAACCCAAUCCCCCCCACAGCCAAGGCCUCUGUGGACUCCAGCCCAGAGAACCUGAGCACUGCCAGCUCCCGGAGCCGCAGCAACAGUGAGGACUUCAAGCCCAGUGGGCGCAGCAACAGCAGCCUGGAGGACUCUGCCAAGCGCAGCUCGCAGAGCGAGGACUCGGCGCGGCGCCCCGUGGGCCUGGACAAGCACGUGCCAGUGGUGCUGCCCCACCAGAACAGCAGCAGCCAGGCACAGAUCCGCAAGAUGGACCAAGCCGUGCUGGGCACCAGGGCCAAAACGCUGCACACGCUAACGCACAGCCCUUCCCUGCUCAGCACGGGCAGUGUGUCGGGAGCCUCGGGGGCCCUGGGCAUGGAGCCCAUCCAGAACGGCAGCCGCUCCCGGCACCAGUCCUCAUCCUCCAGGGAAAGCCCCGUCCCCAAGGUGCGGGCAAUUCAGCGCCAGCAAACGCAGCAGGUACAGUCACCGGUGGAUUCUGCCACGCUGUCCCCGGUGGAGAGGACGGCGGCGUGGGUGUUCAACAACGGCCAGUACGAGGACACCAAGAAGGACAUGGCUCAGAACCUGGACGAAGUCAAGCAUGCUGAGAAGUACGAGCAGGAGAUCGCCAAGCUAAAGGAGCGCCUGCGCGUGUCCAGCCGCCGGCUGGAGGAGUACGAGCGGCGGCUCCUGGUGCAGGAGCAGCAGAUGCAGAAGCUGCUCACAGACUACAAAUCUCGACUGGAAGACAGUGAGGACAGGCUGCGCAGGCAGCAGGAGGAGAAGGACAGCCAGAUGAAAAGUAUCAUCAGCAGACUCAUGGCUGUUGAAGAGGAGCUGAAGAAGGAUCACGCUGAGAUGCAAGCAGUCAUUGAUGCAAAGCAGAAAAUCAUUGAUGCACAGGAGAAGCGGAUCGUGUUCCUGGACUCGGCCAACACGCGCCUGAUGAGUGCCCUGACGCAGGUGCUGCCAACCACCUCCGUGGAAGGGCAAGACGGAGCAGAGCCAAGACCCCUCACCGUCACUGAUUGUUGCACAUAGUUCUUCUGUAAAAGGAAAGUUGUAUUGUUUGAAGAUUGUUUGAAAAUUGUUUUAGAAUUGUAUUUUAAAAUUGUAUUUUAAAUUGUUUUAAGAUAGUAUUGUACAUUCAAUAAAAUUGAAAAAGCAACUCUGAAGGGUGGGCUUUAAUUCCCCACUCAGGGCCAGGAGAACCAGGCUCCCCAGAAUUAAGUCCUUGUGGAUCACUGUGUAAAUAGAGGGAGUUCUUGGGUUGUGUACAGAAAAUGCCAAUGUAAUAUACCAAAAGGAAGUGAAUACUGUAGAUUUUUUAAUUAUUGCUAUUUUUUUUAUUAUUAUUAUUAUGUUGUUGUUAUUGUUGUUGUUGUUGUUGUUGUUGUUGUUUUUCUCUUGUUGAAAGCACUGCAGUCCUGGGAGGAGGAAGAGGGGAGUGUGUGUGCGUGUGUUUUGUGGGUGAGAGAGUGAGCAGCGGGUGACUCGAGGCAGCAACUGGCUGAUAAAAGGACAUGAAUGGAGUGAAAUGAAUUCCAUAGGAAAACUCAGCAGCUGCUUUUAUUCCCCUCUUUCCCAGCUGGUCUUUAGCUGAAUGCAAACUUGAUAGCAAACGUUUUAGCAAGAGAAACUGGCUCUUGCUGUGUCCCGUACCUACUUCCAACAGUCUUUCUGAAGAAGGUACAAAGUGGGAGCAGCAAGCUGGAUUCCUGGAAUUUGCACAGUCAGGCUUCCUGUCAGACAGAGGGGAUCUGCAGGAUCUUGUGGUAGGAUUCUUUCUUUUUUACCCCAGUUCUGAUGCAGUUUUAUAUUUUCUGUUUGGAGGAUUUACAGACCUGUAAAUACUUUUUUAACGAUUUCUAGCCAAUCCCCACCGUACGCCCCCUGCAGAGGCACCCUGAAUUCCCUCUCUGCUCUCCAUCAGGAACAGACAGGUUAAUCCUCUCAGGAAAGGGCUAACCAAAGGGUGCCCAUGCCCAGCACAGGAAAUUCCAUAUGCAAAAGUCCCUUUUUCUAGAGGAUUUCUGUAUUUUAAUGCUUGCUUAUUUUCACUAUUUCAGCCACUUGCUUAGCCAGCUUAGUUCCAAUGAAAGGUGUUUUCUGCACCUUUGUUGAAAGAUCUUCCAUUUCUGCUGAAGUUUUCCUUUCUCUGGAUCAUUUAAAGGGAUUUUUUUUUUUUUUUUAAUUCUGUACACUGCAGUUCUUUUCAGGAGUUUUGACUAAGCUUUUGUCUCUAAUUUCUGUCAUAGAAGUAUGAUUCCAGACUGCGUGUGAAUGGGAUAUCGCUUCAAAGUGACCUUCUCCUGGGAGAUAGUGACAUUCACAACCUGUAACAGAUGAACAGUAAAUGGCUUGGUAUUGUCAAUUUUCAUGAUUUCAUCAAGUGCCACAAUAUUUAAUCUGAGAGAGGGUUUUUUUUUAAAUCCCAGAUUCUGGAGUCGUGUGAAUUUUUACUUCCAGCUUUUGCUGUGCAUUUUUCUAGCCUUCAGACUCUCACAGUAAAGGAAAUUAUUGCAGCAUUGAUUGAAAUUGUUAAUUACAGAAACAUACCGAUAACAGGGAGUGUGAUUAACUAUUCACACAUGCUGUGGAAAUUGGAAAAGUUUACUUCAAUUUGCGACAAAACCUUGAGAGGUGCCUCAGUGUGGGAUUGUCUCACGAAAAAUGCAGGAGUAUCUAAGCCAGUUCUCUGCACAUGAAUUAUUGCAAUACCAAGACCCAAACCUGGUGCCAAGUUUGCCUGGUUUUUGGAAAUGAAUUCAUCCCAGCCCUGUGGCUGAUGCAGGAGGUGGCAGAGCAGUGUGUGUGCUCUGGUGUCACAAUGCUUAAGCUACAUCACUACCCACGUGUGUUCUGUGCAUCAGUGCAGAGACCCCUGUGCUGUAGCAUGUGUGUGCAUCAAUCCUAGCCAGGCCUUCUGGAGCACUGCAGCGAGCUGGGAUUUGGGAUUAAUGCUUGGCUCUUUGGGAUCAGAGCUGCUCCAGCUGCUCAGCCAGGACUCAGUGCUGCCGGCACUGACACACCUGGGGUUGUGCUCUGCAUUGGCUCAGCAGUGGUUACUUUUCCAUACUUUCCAAACCGUCUUCCAGCUCUAGAUCCUUGCUGACCUCUGAUAUUUUAUUCCUCAAACUGUGCCUUUGAGUUUCUCCUUCCUCCCUUCAGGCAUUGCAGCUGUAGCAACUUCUCCAGUUUGUGUUGAGCUGUCAUGUGAGGGCCUCUUUGACACAAACCCUUUUUGUGGGCUCUUUCUGUGGGAUCUGCAUGUCCCUGUAGCCAUGUGCUGUAGCAUGGGGGAGCGUGUUCCCAUCCCUUUUGGGAUGGGCAGGUGAACUGCUCCCUUGUGGCACCAUGCAGGUGAUGUGGGUGUGCUGUGAGCAAGGUGAGAGUGAGUGCCCGUGGGGCUGCACUGACAGAACAGGGCAGAAGCAGAUGUAUUCUAGGAGAGUUAUUCCAGCAUUAUUUUGGGAAACACCUUUCCCUAGAGCUCCUCAGUGCUCUGGUAAUGUCAGAGGUCGCUGGCUGACCUGUGUGGUUUCAUGCUGAGGGCUCUGAGGUGUCCACUUUGGUUUCUGCAAUAGGGGCAGCAUUUCAGCCUGCACUUUUAGAGCCUGCCCCAAUAUUGGUGAGGUCUUUGGUAGUGCAUCAUUCCAAUACUGUACCUUCUACUGUAUGUUUCUCAAGCUUGAAGAAUGCUUGUAGGAAAAAGCAGCAGCUCUCUCAAAACCUGACCCUUCUCUGUGGUCUCACAGCUCGUUGCUACGCUGGUUGUUUCUCUGCUUUUCCAGUUUCUCCCCUUAGGUGCCAGGCAUGCUCCUCCAGCUCCGCUGCUGAGGGGUCGCUGCCUGCAGACCCUGGAGGGGUGAAGGUUGCAGAGUCAGUGCUGCAAGACUGGAAUUGAUCUGCUGCAGCACAAAACACUGCUCCUGAGUCCUGCAGGCAGCUGUCUCUCCUAGUUUGUUACCAAGCAGCCUUCCAGAAAUCUUUCAACCGCCUCAAGCUGACAAUAUGUGAAAAUGCCAGUUUCUAUUUUGUCCAGACUGAUAAAGUCCAAGUGGCACUAACCCACGUGUCUGUUCAGGAGCAGGAAGCCUGCCUGGGCCUGAUCACAUUUGGGUUUAGACUCGUGGGCAGUGGGCUCUGAGGGAGUAAAUGGUGCAACGUGUGAUGGGGAGCUGGCUUUGGGUUCACACUCUGAGCAAAGGCUGAUGACUAUGUCUAAUGCUGUACAAGGAGCUGCUGCUCUCACUGGGGAAAGGAUGAAGCAGUGCAGGAAAAACUGGAUAGCCUGGAGGAGGAAUACUUAUGUUCCUCAGACUGAACAGGAAAAGUCACACCAUCUUGGUGUCUGAGUCCGUGCUGGCCACGUUGGUACCAUUCUAGGAGGGUUCUGUCCAAACCUCAAAGCCACCUGGGGUUCUUGAGCGCUCAGAAAAAGCUUGAGGCCAGCACAGCAGGGCAGGGAGAUGGAGCAGCUUCUUGUGUGUGGCCUCUUGGCAGGUUGUGUGUGGUGUGUGCAGUGUGAGGUGAGCAGGAUGACAAGGGACAGGCUCGGAGAGGACAGAGGGAGCACAGCCUAGGCAUCAUCCUGAAAAUCCCUGUUCUUUAAAACUCUAGGAAUUCAGGCCUUUUUUUGGGGGGGGGAAAUAGAUUUCACAUCUAGGAAUGACCAGCUGUUAUUUCCCUGGUGUAUCCAAAAUGGGCAGCUUUUUACAAAAGCACAGAUCCAUACAGUUACACAUUUUGCCACAUUCCUCUCCAGUGGCAUAACUCAGGCAGGGAAUCUACAGGAGCAUGGAAAGGGAUGCGUGUAUUUUCUAGUUAGAGAAUAUGAGGUGUAUCCACUAAUAAAUUAUUUAUCCAUCUAAUAAAUCAUCAAAGCAAUGGGGUUUAUUUUGCAUUCAUGUAAUUGCUUUGGUUUGGCUGUGAGUUUUUCCCCCAUUAUAUAUUCAUUUCAUGUUUUGAUGUUUGUGUAAACCCACCAGCUUUUAACUUGGAAGUCCAUGAAUUUCACAGCCAUGUCCAUGGAAUGUGUCAGCAAUACUUAUUUGUGUGGAUGAAUUCUGCUUGUGUUCUGCAAAAAUGUCUGUGUUGUUCCUGGAGAACAAUUCCUGUCCCAGUUGAACCAUGACGUGCAUUUCCAUCAGUGGUGGGCAUGGUCUGCCAGAGGAAAAAGGGUUAAAUUUAGGGUGAUGUUUCUAGGUGUUUCCUUCUCCACAGUAGGUUAACCUCCAGGAGAGUGAGCAUGUCCUUACAGAUCAUGCCUGCCAGGAAUCCUACCUGCAAAAAUAGAUUUUCUGUCUCAAGGGCCUUAAUAAGAGUGUAACUACACAGAACUGUUCUACAGUGAUAGCUCUAAAUAAUUUAUUUUUUAUUUCAACAAAGUACACCUUUAAAAAGGAAUAAACUUGUUUUUCAAGCUGUAUUUUUAUGCUUGUAGCACUGGACUGUUUGGUCUCUGAGAUCCAUUUCUGCAUUUCAUUGCCUGGGUUUGUUCUAAAGAAGAUUUAUUUUUGUUCUGUGAAUCAUUUUUGAAGGUUCUUGUAAUAUGUACAGAUAUAGAUACAUUUGAGGACUUUUAUUGAUAUUCCUACAAAGAAUACAAAUAAACUUUAACUUUAAACAG